AUGGGAACUAGUCAUAGUUUAGUAUUAGCAAGAAAAAAUAUAGAAAAAAGAAAUGGUGUUGGAAGUGCUAAAAUUAAUACUAUAAAGAAUAAUGAUGUAUUACCAAAACACUUAGAUAAAGAUCGCAAUUUAAAAAUAUUAUUAUUAGGAGGUUCUGAGUGUGGAAAAACGACAAUUUUUAAACAAAUGCGUGUUUUACAUUUAAAUGGAUUUACUGAUGCUGAUAAGGAACAAUAUAAGGAAAUGAUUAUAGUAAAUACUGUUCAAAGUUUAGGACAAUUAUUAGAUGCAUCUAAAAAAUUUAGAAUACCACCUGAAUCAUUAAUGGAAAGACAUAUUGAGUUAUUUACUAUAUUUAGAAAUGAAUAUUUAAAUAAACAUUCUACUACAGUACCACCAGAUAUUGCUAGAACAAUGAAAAAAAUAUGGAAUACAUCACAAAUACAAACUACUUUUCAAAAACGAUGGAAUUUUUCUUUAUUAGAUAAUGCUAAAUAUUUUCUUGACAGUAUUGAUAGAAUUUUUGAUAAAGAUUACACACCAACAACUGAUGAUAUUCUUCAUUGUCGACAUCCAACAACAGAGAUAAAUGAAUUAGUUUUUAGAUAUAAAAAAGCAAAUUUUAGAAUGAUUGAUGUUGGGGGGCAAAGGAGUGAAAGAAGGAAAUGGAUACACUGUUUUGAGAAUGUUAAUAUAGUAUUAUUUGUUGUUGCUUUAAAUGAAUUUAAUCAAAAAGAUCCUGAAGAUGAUAAGUAUAAUCGCCUACUUCAAAAUAGAAAUAUUUUUAAAACAAUAGUUCAAAGCAAUUUUUUUCGCAAAACUACAAUAGUAUUAUUUUUUAAUAAAUACGAUAUCUUUCAGGAACAGGUUAAAUAUACAUCAUUAAGAGAUAGUUGGAAAGAAUAUCAAGGAGGAAAUAGUUUAGAUGAAUGUACCAGAUUCAUUAAAACAUCAUUUCAAAGUUGUGUUCCUGAUUCUAGUAGGUACUAUUCACAUUUAACAACAGCAACUGAUACAAGUAACAUUGAUAGUGUUUUUGCAUCUUCUGUAGCAUCAACAGUUAAUCAAAAUCUAAAAGCUAUUGAUAUACAAGAAUAA